AUGCUUGUCUCCCAUAUUUGGAGUCGUCUCGCCUCGCCGUCGGUCGCCAUCGUGCUCUCGGUGUCGGCGUUGAUCUACACCACCGCCGUCUGUCCGCUCAUUUUUCUGCACUCGGCGUUCGUCUACACGUCGCUGGAAACCCACGAUUGUUCGAAUGAGCUGAUCGAGCUGAAACAACGCGUCGAGCUCGUGAAACGGCACCUCGUCGGCGGCGGCGACGAUGCGUCGCGGGCCAAACGCGAGCUGUCGGCGUGCUGCGUCGGCCGGCCGGGCCUCAAAGGCUUUCCGGGGAAGAACGCGCGCGACGGGUACGACGGCGAGCCGGGACGCGACGGCGCGCCGGGAAAGAGCGCCGAGCACGACAGCCGUCUGGUGUGCGUCCGCGAGUGUCCGGCGGGCCGGCCGGGCCGCGACGGUCCGCCGGGUCCCAAGGGCGAGAAGGGCCAUCGUGGACGGCCGGGACGUGAGGGCGACGCGGCGCCGCCGUCGAUUCGCGGCGAGCCGGGCGAGCGCGGCGAAAAAGGCUUCCCGGGUGUGAAUGGUGGGCGCGGUGAGCCCGGCGAGCCGGGACGCGUCUACCAGUCGGAUGGUCCGUUCGGCAAAGAGGGCGAUGUUGGUCCGCGCGGGCCGCCCGGCGACAAAGGCCAACCGGGAAGAGACGGCGAAGAGGGAUUGCCGGGCGCACGCGGCGAGCGCGGCUAUCCGGGCCUCAAAGGCGAACAGGGCCGUCGCGGAGCCGUCGGCAACUUCGGACCACCCGGCGACAAGGGCGAGGCGUGGCCGUGCGAAUCGUGCCCGCCGCCGCGCGUCUCGCCAGGCUACUAUGUGAGCUCGAAGAAGACGGCCGCCUCCUGA